CAUGGACCCCAGACCAGGAGUCAGAGAGCAGUCAGGCUGACUCUUGCCUUCCUCCAACUGAGCAGGCCCCCAGUGCGGGUAACUGGGGAACUUUGUGAAACACCCUGGUGGGGGUGAGGCAGGGCAUAGGAUGCUGCAACUUAAAGCCACAGGAUGGUUACUCCAUCAUUAAAGGAGGUGGACAGGGAGGACUGGUGGGGUCUGGAGUCUCUUCCUAGCUGGAUAGCCUGCUAACUGGAAAGUGGUGGGACUCUCUGACCAGCCCUGAAAACACAGCAUAGCUGGGAGGCCCACCCCUGACCUCAGAUAUCUUUGGGAGAUUGAGGCCUGAAUCCCCAAGGGACAACCCCCUGAGCCCUGGAGGGAGCAGGAACCUGAGGACUUAGAGUCUAAGACAGCAGUAGGAGGUGGGACCCUAGGAUACACAGCACAGUCGCUGGCUGGCCCUCACCUGCUGUUGGCACCAGCAGCAGGUCUCCUGGGGCGCUGGCUGUUGGCUGGCCUCAAGAGCAGGCUGGGCUUGGAGGGAGGGGUAUGCUGAGUCAGCAUGACUCGCCAGGCACAGUGAGCUCUGGGGCAGCACUGGGGUUAUUUUUAAAGCUCCGCUUCCUUCUAGGCUUGCCCCUCCCGCAGAUUAUUCCUUCUAAUCUCUCCCCCUGCCCCUUUGUCUUGCCCCUGGCUCCCUCAUAGCCUUCAGUUCCCCUUCCCCCAUCAGAUCUCCCUGACCUGGUUCUCUAGGGGCAGGGUGGUCAGGAGCAGCCCAACUCAGGAGAGGCAAAGCCCAAGAGUGGCUGCUCACUGUGCCCCGGGUUAUGACGACCCCUAAUAAAGGAAGCAAGGCCUUGAAGGUGAAGCGGGAGCCAGGUGAGAAUGGCACCAGCCUGACGGAUGAGGAGCUGGUGACCAUGUCGGUUCGUGAGCUGAACCAGCACCUGCGGGGCCUGUCCAAGGAGGAGAUCAUUCAGCUGAAGCAGCGCCGUCGCACACUCAAGAACCGGGGCUAUGCGGCCAGCUGCCGCGUGAAGCGGGUAACACAGAAGGAGGAGCUGGAGAAGCAGAAAGCCGAGCUGCAGCAGGAGGUAGAGAAGCUGGCCUCUGAGAAUGCCAGCAUGAAGCUGGAGCUCGACGCCCUGCGCUCCAAGUAUGAGGCCCUGCAGAACUUCGCCAGGACCGUGGCUCGCAGCCCUGUGGCCCCAGCUCGGGGCCCCCUUGCUGCUGGCCUGGGGCCCCUGGUCCCUGGCAAGGUGGCCGCCACCAGUGUCAUCACAAUAGUAAAGUCCAAGACGGACGCCCGGUCAUAGGGACAUGUGGGAUUGCCGGGCAGGUCUUCGAGGGGCCACUAGGCGCAUGGCGAAGUCAGCAGCCCUGUCCCACUUCCUCCUCCUUUUCCCUCUCCUUCCUCUUCCCCUUCUCCCUUCCUUUCCCUUCCCUGAAAAGCACAACCUGUUCCCCAGGGGCACUGGGCUGAGCCCCUUUGAUCUCAUCUUGUCGUCAGUGCGUGUGUUUGUACGCUGGGAUUGGUCAGUUCGGUGGUGAUGUUGGGUUGCUCCUAACCCUCUUUGUACCUAGGCCAUGCAGGCUAGGAGUCUAGAGUGGGCACUAUGGGAAUGGACAAGAGAAUGGGAAAGCCAGUGAGUAAACUGGGCCUCAAGGUCUGCCCUCCCCUCCUGGGUGCCCACAGCCCACAGGCUGCUGGGCUCAAAUGGGACUGGAGGGGUUCUCUCUCUUCAGACCUGGCAGGCAGCUCGGCUCAGCCCAGAAGGAAGAGAGGGGCUCUGCUCUGAAGAGUGGGGUGUCCUUGAGGGCCCUGGACAGGUAGGUCACCUGCCUGGGCACUGUGGGUGCUGGGGCAGGGGCUCUGGCGCUCAAACCUGACACGGUGCACUGAACAAGACCAAAUCACUGGCCGUGAGCGUGCGUGGAAGGUAUGUCAGUGUGUCCUGCAAUGGGUCCCGUGUCACUGUUUACAUGACCUAUUUGUGUGGUUAUAUAGCCCUUUAUUUAAAAGAGAAGUUCCUUUUACGAAGUUAUUAAAUUAUAUGUUUAAGAGCUAAAGAGAAAAAAAAGAGCUGCAGAGUAUUUAUAAAAUUGUCUUUUAAAAAAAAAGCAAGUAAAAAGAACAUUUGACCAUAUAAAUGGAAAAGGGAAGAAAGUAUAAUAGUAACUUUGCUAGUUUAAAAAAAAAAACAAACCCAAAAAACAAAAACAAAAAAAAUCCCUUCUUGUAAACUUACGGACAACUCUUUGUGGCUGUUGGAAUUUAGUUUUUAUAUACACAGAGUUAUCAGACAUUAUUUAUAAAACUUAGUUUAAAAAAAAAAAAAAAAAAGCCAAGCCGCGCGCCGACCAGAGGCCGUCCUCUUUGAUAUCUCUUUUGCAAUUGUACCGAAAGUGACUUACUACUCCUUUGCCCUUCCUGCUUCCGUCUCUUGCCGGUGCCGUGGUGUUGUCCGUGCCUGGUGAGGUUUUGUGCAGCCCGUAAAGUGCUGGUGCUUCUGGUGACCUUUGACCUGUGGCCGUCCCUUCUUGUGUAUUUUCCCGUGUUUGUUUUUUGGGUUUGGUUGUGUUUUUGCUUCUGCUGGCUUGUUGGACCUCAGCCGAGCCGGGGUCCCUGAUGGCGCCUCCUCCACUGGAGUGAGGGCGUCUGCCUGCCAGCCCAGCCUUUUCUGCUUUCAGAGCCUGCCCCUUGCCCAGGUAGUCUGCCAGGGGUCUCUGCCACUCCCACCUGUGCCGAGCCUUGGCUUCAUCGGUGGGUCUGUCGCUUGGGCUGACCCACUGGCUGUGUAGGUGAAAUUGAGGGGCAUCCAGAGCCUCAGUGCUGCUUCCACAGUCACCACCCCUGGCCCUACCUGGGUGGUGGUAUUGCAGGGACCAAGGAGUCACUGUGGGUUCCCACAGGGCCAUGGCUAAGCUGUUCCUGGCUGUCUUCCUCCUGGCUUUGGCUUUAUUCCUGUAGGCCACAGAUGGGGUGGGACACUCAAGGAACCCACCCUAAUGGGUUGCAAAUCCUACUGCUCACUUACCCCUUAGCUGUUUCCAUGCUGUGGUGUGUUGCUUCCUGCACAGAAUGGACAGGGCCCCACCUGGGGAGCCCCUUCUCUGCUUCACUGUGAGGGCCUAGGCAACUUCCACCAAUUCCAGACAAGGGCUUGGACUCCAAAGCUGGCUCUGUCCCUUCCCUGCUAGUCUCUGCUGGCAGCUCUUGGCUCCAGGCCCUUCUUCCUCCUCUCUUUGGGAAUCUGUGUCUUCCAGGGAUCGCUGCUCAACUUGGAGGUGCUUCUCUGUGGGGUCCCAGCCCACUUCCCUGUUCCAGCUACCUGGCAGAGGCUGCCAAACUUCUGGGCUUGAUUCGGGAAGCUCCUCAUGGGAUGUGACCAGAACUGGUGCCUAUGUCCCUCCGCCCCCAAAAGAGGUAUAGCCCCAUCUCUGGGCAUGUGGCUUUGGCCUCUAAACAGGGUUGCUGGUGUCCUCUUAGGGGGGCCCUGGAUUCCUGAAAAGCACAGGAAUGUGGGCUGGUGAGAGGAAAGACUCCGCUUCAUGGACAACAGGAUUUUCACCCCGAAUUCGAUCUGGUGUGCCAUGGGGUGGGAGCUGGGCAUCUGCCAGCUCCAGUCUUGGGGGGCUUCUUCAGUUUAGGGUGCUCAGACAGACCUGUUGGUACCUGUGGCUGCUACAAAACGGGAAUUCUGACUUGACUGAGUCACCUGAUGACUUCAUGCCUUCCUUCAGUCUGGUUGUCUAAAUGGGAGGCAGAAGCAAGCUGCUGCUGUUGGCUACAGCAGUAGAGUUGGAAUGGAUCAAGUUUGUCCCUAACAGGGGGGUAGGGGCAGGCCCUGUAUGUCGUCUGGUCCUGGAUGGGGUGGGGUCAUCAUCCCCAGGUGAUGAACAGUGCUCUCCAGGUGUAGAGCUAGAGAGCAUGUGGUGGGUGCGGUGAGGAAGAGGUUGGGCCAGUGCUGAGCAGAAGUUGCUGUCUUGGUUUGGUGUGCAGAAGUAGCUCUGGGGUUGGUGAAGCUGUGCUUCCUUCUGUGGAUUUGGAGCAACUGUUCCUUGGGUCCGUCAAACCAGGGCAGCACCACCCCUUUCCCUUCACCUUGAUUUAAAGACAGUAAAUCCUGUGUCCACGUGUGACUAUUGGCUGUCUUUCUGAUCCUUGUCGAUUAUGUUUUCUUGCUGUGAGGGUAUUGUGUUCUUUUUUAUCUCAGCUUUUCUGACACAGUGAAUAGAGGGUUUUGGCUGAGGCCAGGUCUCCCAGACUUGUCCGCCUAGUAAACCAUAAUGUGUGUCUUCCCUCCUAUCUUGAAUUUGCCCCCUUCCUCCUUUAUCCUAAUGUGGAUGCUCAGAUUUCAGAGGGGAGGGGGAAAAAGUGAACAGGUCCGCUCUUGCCAAAAUCAGUGGCCCCAGAGAGCUCUCCCUGUGGUCCCUGGCUGCUGCUCCAGGGUGGUGCUUCCCUCAGUAGAGGCUCCAUGACUGCUCUGUGUUGUGUACUAGGCUUUCUGCUCGACAGGCCUUCCUGCAGGCUACUCUCCGUCCACGCUUCAGGUCUGUAUGCACACCUCUGUCAGCAGCAGCCUCUGUGCAGUGCCUGGGCUGACAUCUCUGAUCAGCUGCAGCCUGCUUUGGGAUGGUGGUCCGGCCAUAUCCCUACUGCCCCCUACCUGGAAUAGCCACUUGGCCAGUACUCCCAUCCACAGCUGGCAAACUGAGCCACAGCCCGCUGCACCAUUUCCGCUUUGGGAUCUUGUGACUUACAUUUUUAGGCUGUGGUUUGGUGAAAGGAACCAACACGUUAACGAUUUUUUCCCCAGAAGCCACUGAAUAAUUCUUUUUGGCAUGUUUUUACCUUCCGGUUGGCUGUCUGGUUUUGGAGCAGUUGUAGAGAGCAGAGUACAUAAUCAGUGUCACACAGAGGCAGGGCCAAGCUUCUCAUGGCCUAUUCUGCUCUGGCUUGCGCAUCUUGGUCAUGUUCUGUACCUGCUGGGCCACCUGCAUACAUUUCCACCUUACCCCUUGAGCAGCAGCAUUGAUACUGAGUGUCGCUUGAGUCUGAGGUGGAAUGUAAGAGUGUGUCCCUGUGAGCUGUACUUGGUGACAGCAGUUGGGUUUUCUGCCUCUCUAGCAGCCUCAUGUCCCAGCCUUGCCCUUCCUUCCAUCCCUCCAUCCGCUAGUCCCUGAAGCCUUUAACCAAACGGGAGUGGGUGCAGAAAGCCUUCUCCUGGCAACUUAGGGCAACAGGACAAGGGCUACCCUGUGUCCAGCUCUGUUGGUCUCCUGGCACUGAGAGGUGUGUCCAAGCAGAGUUGAUCAGCCCCUGUCUGCCCUGCGGAGGGCUGAAGCCAGGGAAGGUUGGAGGGGGUACCCUGAGAUCCGCUGGAGUGAGGGCCGGGGUUCUGGCUGCAAGGAGAGGCCCAGAGCCCACACCGUGUAGGGCGGUCAGGGACCUGGCCUCGGCGGGACAGCGGUCUUGGUGCCCACCCGCGCCCUGCGCAGUAUUUAUUGCUAAGUUAUUGUCCAGGAGGGGCGGCGCUGGGCCUGGCCCCGGGUAUUUAUUGCUGUACAUAGUGUAUGUUUGUGAUAUAUAAGGUUUUCUUUAUUUUGUAUAUGAUCAAUAAACGCCUUUUAAAGAGA